CGUAGCACACUGACAUAUGGCGUUAUUACAUUCAACCAAUGGGUUAACAGUUUGUAGGACUGACGUCACGGGUGCGGGCGCGCUCAGGGAGAAGGUGCGACGUACGCAGAGCUCGCGCACAAACAUCGAAAGCAGUCUCGGUAUUUGUGUUUUAGGUCAGGGGACUCGCAAAAUGUAUCAGGUGUAAGGGACCCACGUUAUGGCGACACAAGACCCAGGUGCAUUAAGAUGGACACAUCGAAUGGUGGAGAGUGUGUGUCAAGGUGGAUAACGUAGAAAUCGGGAAUCGAAAAACAAUCUUACAGUUGUGGAAGCGGCUUUAUUCCCUGGGAUUACCGGGGAGAUUAACAAGAACACAGUGUUUAGAUAUAUACUCAAACGAGGGAAGACGUCCUGAAAGAAGGAGUGAUACGAUAUGGCUGUGUACGCUUAAGGCAAUGAAAUAAUUCGCAGGCAGUGGGUAUAUUCCAUAAUCUCCCCACCACCCUCCAUGGCGUUUAGCGGAUCAGAUCUCACAGAGCCGCUGAAAAGGCUAAAAAGCCAGAGGCUAUAGAGCAGUUUGAUCCCUCGGUUUAUUUUGCAAUGUCAGCUUUCGGCCUCAAUCUACACUCCGUUUCGUCCGUUGCGGCCGAGAUUUCAGCACCAGCUGAGUUGGACAGCGCCUGCGCGGACUGCGACUCGAAAACUCCUCCAGCCUCACGAGGAGACUUCACUCAUCCGCCUCCAUUCAUUCAUCUGCAUCAGUCACUCCUUCACACCGGUCCCGGAGGCCUCGGCACGGUCCUGGAGGAAGAACUGGCCAUGCUUACACGAGAACGGGAAGAAGAACUGGUCAUAAACGAGCAGGACACAGAUCUUUUAGCGCUCUUCCGGCAGAAAGAGAAGGACUUGGUUCUGGCUGCAAAACUCGGGAAAGCGCUGCUCGAGAGAAACCAGGACCUCACGAAGCAAUAUGAAAAAAUGACCAAGGACCUAAACGAGAAGCUAGAGAAUCUGGAGCAGGAGAAGCAUGAAUUGCGGCAACGCUUGGAGAGACGAGAAGGCGAGUGGGAGGGUCGUGUGGCUGAGCUGGAGACUGAUGUGCAGCAGCUCAAGGGUGAGCUGGAGAAGCACAAGGUACAGCUGCGUGAGGCUGAUCGGGACAAGACCCGCACCAUCACUGAACUCUCAGAACAAAACCACAGUCUGCUCGAGCAGCUCAGCAGAGCUGCUGAUGUGGAGAGACAGCUGUGCACUCAGGUUCAUUCAUUGAGGGAUGAUUUCAGAGAGAAGAACAUCUCCAAAAACCAGCAUAUGACACAAUUAGAGAGCCUACAAGCAGAGCAAGGGCUAGAAAUAAAGAUGCUGUCUGAGCGUAAGCAGGAACUUGAGCGAUGUUUAACCACAUUGCAUGAGGAGAAUGAGCAGCUGCAGAGCACUGUGGACAACUUGAAAGAGAGGACACUUGUGCUGGAGAAACUAUGCCACGAGAAGGACUUACAGCUGCGGCAGAGUCAAUUGGAGCUGCAAGAGGUGCGUGUGUCUCAUCGGCAGUUAAGUGCUCGUUUGGCGGAGAUGAGUGAGGAGAGAAGUCUCCAGGGCUUCAACUCUAACAGUCACUCAUUGCUGUGUGAGAUAGAGCAGAGCAUGGAGCAGGAGGAGCUUGAGCAGGAAAGAGAGCAGUUGCGUCUGCAGCUAUGGGAAGCUUAUUGCCAGAUUCGCUCUAUCUGCUCUCAGUUGAGAGGAAAUGACAUCACAGACUCUGCCCUGUCCACGGAUUCAUCCAUGGAUGAGUCAUCAGAAACAUCAUCAGCUAAAGACGUGCCUAUGGGCAGCCUGCAGUCUAGUCUACUUGAGCUGCGCAGACUAACACAAAACCUGCUGGAUGGCAAUGAGUCUACAGGAUCACGCCACAUUGAUGAGGAUGUGUUGGAAGAGCAGGUGCGGAAACUGGGUGAGGAACUGCAAGAAGUGCGAGAGCUUUACGAACAGGAGCAAGAAAGGGUACAGAGCACUCAGGAAGAUAUGCUGCAACUCCAUAAUCAGAUUGCACUUCUCUCCUUAGAAGUGUGCUCAUCACGGAAGGAGAAUGAGAGACUAAGAGCAUUGGAGGUUCGAGAGCCAAGUGAACAACUACAAAACGCCAUCCGAGACCGAGAUGAUGCCAUUGCCAAAAAGAAAGCAGUGGAGAUGGAGUUGGCGAAGUGUAAGGUAGACAUUAUGUCUCUGAACAGCCAGCUUCUGGAUGCUAUCCAGCAGAAGUUUAAUCUGUCCCAGCAGUUAGAAGCAUGGCAGGAUGAUAUGCUCAGAGUGAUAGAUCAGCAGUUGAUGGAUAAGCAUCAGGGGGGAUGGAGGGACUCUCCAAACUCUUUCUCCGGGGCUAAAGCUAGUACCUACGGCUCUUUGGGAGCUUCUUCCAGGCGAGCAUCCCGCCUCUCCGAUGGUGAUAAGCGCCUUUUCUCAUUUUUCAAGAAGAACUGAAUCUGUCUAGGUGAAAAGAAUGAGAAAGAUGGAGGGAGAUGCUAAAAGUGUAAAGGAAAAGCAGUCACAUACCAUGAUUGACACAGCCAAAGACUAAGACAAUAAAGUUAAUAAUCAUUAAAGAACAAAAUCUUGUUCUGAAAUCCUGGAGCUCUUUUUGCACCUUACUUGUCCUAAGCACUCCUCUCCUUCAGAUAAUUCUAGAUGAGGCACAAGAGAGUCAGUAGAAAUUCAAGAAUUUUACAUAGAUAUUAGAUAUUUGGAUAUUGGAUAUUUUACAACUUCAGGGCAUGCGGGAUUACCACAUUUAAAUAACAUUGAGGCCAACUUCCCCUCCUAGUGCCUCAGAUAUUCUCCUCACCCCACUGCCAAAGGGUUUCAAUGGAAAUGUCAGAUUUAGCUCUGUCAAACUGAAGGAUUCUUUUGGCCUUUAACUCAGGAUGAGCUAAACUCUGCAGGGUUCUCACUGAUUCGAAGUCAGGCUGCAGGUUGUAGUUUGUGAAUUCAGAGACCUCUUAUUUAGCCAACUGUUGAAUCAGUAUAAUGUUAUUCAAGAAGUGGUAAAAGCUAUUGGUUGAAUAAAAAGGAAACAUGUUAACAACAAUCAGUUAACAGUUAAAAGGAAAUACUGUAGUUAGCAUGCUCAUUUUUGACCUAACUGUGCAACAUUAAUUUUUAUUACUUUGCAUCACUAAUUCAUAAGACUACAAACUGGCUGACAAAAAUUUGAAAAUGUGCUCCUACAUUCAAGGAAAAAUAUUUUUCCAGAUUGUCUUCAAGGGUGUUUGAUCUAGUCAUUGUAGAUAUUGGAUAGCCAGGUUUAAAUGAUUGUGUCGCAGGCGAAUUAAUCAUAAAAAAAAUGUGUACUGCCCCUGAACCUGAAUGUGUGCAUUGCACACACCAUAGAACAGCCUAUGGAAAUGUAAGGGACAUUUUAGGUCCGGAUUAUGGGCUUGCAAUAGAUAGUGGACGUUACAGAAAUUUAGGGUGUUGAAUUAAGUCACUCCCCGUGGGUCUGAGAACAGUCAUGUGGAGGUGAGGAGAGUUUUUUUUUUUUUUUGGGGUGAAUGUGCCAUUUGAGGCCCAUUUUGAGUGAAGCUAUGCAGAUGUCCUCUUUUUCACUUAAGAACAGAAACAACUGAAGGUUUGGAGAAACCCAAAGAAUGACUUUUUAUACUAAUAGGUUUGAACUAUGAGGAAAAAUAUAGAACUGAUAUAUUUGUAAAUGUAUAAUUUUAAAUGAUAAAAGUAUUUUCUAGAGCAAUCUAUGUUUUCAUUUGUCUGUGAGUAAGUAGGAGUUUGUGAGUUGUUAAAUGUUGAAGACCUGAUGAGAAUUUCCAUGUCAUGGUAUGGAGCGGAGUAUCUGCUUUACUGUCUGCAUUCCAGUAUAUUACAUUUAUGGCAUUUAGUAGAUAUGCUUAUCCAGAGCAACUUACAUUUACCCAUUUAUACAACUGAGCAUUAUGAGGGUUAAGGGCCUUGCUCAAGAGCCCAGCAGUGGCAGCUUGACAGCGCUGCGAUCUGAACUCACGACCUUCGAAUCAGUAAUGUCUUAACCACUGAGUUACCACUGCCCCAGUUCUAUCUCUAACACGAUGAGAGGGAAAUGGGGAAUGAAAGAGUGUUCUCAUAAAGUUUUAGCUCCUGUGUAGUUUGUUUGACAAGCCCUGGGAUGGGGAGUCUACAAGAUUGCAGAACAGAAUAACUUGACCAGAAACCAUUGCAAUCUGAUCCAAUUUUAAGAAUGGCAAAAAAGAGCAAAUGAAGAUGUUAAUAAACAAACAAAUUAAUGAAUUAAUUUUCUGAAAAAAAAAAAAAAACCAGCUUGUUCUAAAACACAAACAGAGCUGGUAAAGCCUGCAAGAAACAGUUACUAAUGACAUUGUAGUUAAGUUGUUUUAAGAAAAUGGCACAAUACUAAUGCAAUUAGUGAUCCACCAGCUUGACCAGCUCAGUGUUUUGACAGAACAGGCUCAAUUUUUCAGCAGGCUUGGCAUGCCAAUGUGCAGUUUACAGAUUGCCAAGGACAUCACUGCCAAUGGCAGAAACAUUCCAACUUAUCCCUCCACUUCCUCUUAUACACCCCUCUCCUUAUGCUGCAAGUGGUCAUUUUUGUGAAGAAACUGAGUAGAGUUGGUUUACACAGCAGGGCACUAGGGUAUAUACAACCUCUCGGAUACUAUCAUGUCGUUAAAUAUAUUACAUUCUUAUCGGUGAAAAUUAGGUAAUUGAGUUUCACUGAGACAACUGUGAAUGGCAGAAGCUACUGUUUGUUUGCUAUCCAGAAAUGCUGGAAUAUGAAUAACUGCUAGGCUGAAUCCCAAAUGGCUCCCUACAUAAACACAAGUGCAGAAGUACUGGCGUUUUCACCCAAUGUAAUACGCUAUGUCCAGUAGGGAGUUAUUUGGGAUUGAACCAUAUUUUUAGGCUUCCACAGUUGCGAACCAGACAGUAGUGUGUGAACCCCUCCAUGUUAAUCUGUCUUCAUUUAUUUAUUCCUAGUUUUCUUUCCUUCAAUAUUCUGUAAAUGUCAAUCAUUUGACUCUCAUUUUGCCAUUUAAACUGUUAAAAAACUGUUAAAAGUC